UAUGUAACCACUUAAACCAACCAAACUCAAUCCAGCAUCCAAUAUAGACUACAAAGAAUUAUAGAAAACCCUUAUUCAUUUCCAAAGAGCACAACUUGAAUUAGAAAAGACUCGCUAAGGUUCUCCCUUAAAAUCUGUUUCUCCAAUGAGAGAAAUGAUUAAUUUCUAAGCAUUACAAGAUGCAGGACUUAUUGAAUUAAAUGAAAAAAGCAAACAAAUUGAUGGAGUUAAAAUCACACUAGAAGAAAUUGAAAAAGCAUUCAAAAUCUUAGAUGAAAAGAACAAAGGCACUAAGAUUUCAUUACUUGAAUUAAAAAAGAAAAUUCCUGCUAUCAAUCCUAAUUUCCCAAAGAGUGAAUACAAAGCAUUGACUUAAGGUAAACCAGAAUUGAAGAGUAAAGAUCUUUAUGAAUUACUUAAAUAGAAUGAAUUAUAAGAUUUUGAUCCUCUUGAAUAGGCUUUUUCACUUCUUGAUCCAAAAGGAGAGGGUAAUUUAGAUAUUAAUAGAUUGGGAGAAGUGUUCAGUGUUUUAGGUUAUGGGAAAAUAGAUAAAAGAGAUUAAGAAAUACUCUUAGAAUGUUUAGAUGUUGAUAAAGAUGGCAAGAUUGGACUGUAAGAUCUGAGAGAGAUAUUUGAAUCAGAAAGACAUAAACAAUGAU